AUGUUCCAGCAUAGACUGAUCUGCUUCACUUUCCCUACACCAUCGAAGAUUCUCAGCGGGGGCGUGGCCCAAUUUGGACAUAAUGCACCUAUCAAGACAUUGUCCGGCACUCUGCGACAUCCGGCACACGAGAAAGGUCGCGGAAAAGGAUUGCAGCUCUUGCGUCAGAGAUUGCAGGACCUUCGCUUGCCCCUACUUCGAGGUCUGCGCUGCUGGAUCGUUCCCGACCACACGCAGACUCUGCGUGCCGGGGAGUGUUUCAUCCAAGCUCCUCACCGAAGCGGUGCCCCAUCACUCUUGGGCAAGGAGGUCGUGCUCAUCCGAAGCCCCUGCUACCACAACAGCGCGGUGCUCAAGCUUCGGGUUCCCGACGAGCUGCCACCAGGCCUCUCUCACAUGGUGAAUGUGGUCGUUCUGAAUGCGUGCAGCUUCCGACAGCAGCCGGCAGACGCCGAGGUCAUGGGCGGAGACCAUGACGGAGAUCAGGUUUUGCUGAUUUGGGAUCAGGAGAUCGUGGAUCAAGUGGUGCCUUCCGUGGUACGCGUGGAAGAUGCCAGCUUUGAAGAGCGGAGCCAGAAGACUCUGCAGGAGGCUUCUCUUGCGGAGCUUCCGGGCUUGAUGUUGGAUGAGCUGGAGAUGGCUGCUCGAUCACAUCAGGUCUUUCGCGAGGCGGACAACAAACGAAGGGAUUGGGUGGACGAGGAGGGCUUCGAUGGAGAGCAUGCACUCCGACUUGCUGGGAUUUGCCAAGUCGGCGUGGACUGCGCCAGCAACGGCCGAACCAUCGAAAUUCCUACGGAGCUAAAAAAAUCUAAGCGUCCUGACUGGUCCGUGAAGUCCAAGAAGAUGCAGCACAAGAUCCGGAUCUCGGAGCAGGCUUGCGGCCUACUUUUUCGGCGGGAGGUUGAAUUUGAACCCUUCGAGGACGUUUGCUUCCUUUCGCCGUUGCAGCUGGGACUUCCGACGUAUCCUCGCGAUCAACUUGAGCAAGCUGUCGACCUGGUGCUCUCGAAGCUCGGCGAGCUGCAGGAGAAAGCCGAGAGGAUCCACCACAGGGCGCAUCUUUGCCGACAGUGGCGCAACGACCUCCGCAGGGCACUCUUCAGGCAGAGCCGCAAAGAAUUGCAGGAGGACUUCGUCGAGGGCCUCUUUGGUGCUGCGGUGUACAUCGUGCAGCUGUCCGCUUAUGCAAAGAACGGUGGCAAGGAGGAGUGCCAGAAGUUGAAGGACGCGGGAUCAGGGGAGGUUUCAGUUUUUACGCUGUCUCUGCGUCAUCCUUCUGGAGUCUCUUCGUCAUCCUUCUGGACAGCGCCGGGAUCUGCAUGGAUUACAUGA